AUGUUUUUAGGAAUCUCUAAUUUCCAAAGAGGAAUUUUAUUUUUUCGGAAUAUAUCAAAAAUUAGUGCAAUGUCUCAAUAUCAUACACUAAAAAUUGAAAAGUCUAAAGAAUUUGUUUUUAGUGUCCAAAUAAAUAGACCAGAAAAAGCUAACGCAAUGAACAAAACGAUGUGGCUGGAAAUAGGAAAAUGUUUUAAUGAAUUAAACGAGAACACGGACUGCCGGGUAAUUGUUCUUUCAGCUAAUGGAAAAUAUUUCACUUCAGGAAUUGAUUUAUUUGACCUAAUGAAUGUCGGCCAGGAGGUUGCAAAUCAUGAUGACAUUGCAAGAAAAUCAAAAGUUUUACGGUGUUUUAUUAAGACAUAUCAAGAUUGUCUCACCGCUAUUGAAAAAUGUGAUAAACCUGUGUUGACGGCUAUUCAUAAUGGAUGUAUUGGUGGUGGAGUUGAUCUAGUUUCAGCUGCAGAUGUACGAUAUUGUACAGAUGAUGCUUGGUUUCAACUUAAAGAAACUGAAAUUGGAAUGGCAGCAGAUGUUGGUACACUGCAAAGGAUGCAAAAAAGUAUUGGAAGUAUGAGUACAUUCAAUGAAUUAGCAUUUACUGCUCGUAAAUUUCACUCUAAAGAAGCCAAAGAUAUUGGUUUUGUGACUCAAGUUUAUGACACUAAAGAAAGUAUGUUAGAAAAUGUUAUGAACAUUGCUUCGAACAUAGCCAGCAAAAGUCCUGUAGGAGUCCAAAUGACUAAAAGAAGCAUAAUUUAUUCGCGAGAUCAUACCGUCCAAGAAGGAUUGGAUCAUAUCGCAGACUGGAAUCAAACAUUAUUACAAAGUGAAGAUUUCAUUAAAGCGUCAAUGGCUGUUGCUACAAAGGAUAAUAACCCAAUAUUUUCAAAACUAUAA